UUUUUUGUAUUUCGAUAACUGACAGUCAUGAUUGCCGAUAACCUUCACCGCUAGCACCACGUACAUCUCUAUCAACGAGCAGCCCUCAUCGGGGUGCUGAAAAAAAACUUAAUUAAUAAAUUGCACUUAAGUUAAGUACUUCGACAAAGAUCCGCAAAAGAUGACGGAACUGCUUAUUGAUCCCGAUAUCCGCGUUUGGGUCUUUCUGCCCAUCGUACUCAUCACAUUUCUAGUCGGCAUUGUGCGCCAUUAUGUCUCCAUUCUGAUAUCCACACAGAAGAAGGCCGAAAUGACCCAAAUCAUGGACAGUCAAGCGAUGAUACGCGCCCGUUUGCUGCGCGAAAAUGGCAAAUAUUUGAGCGCCCAAUCCUUCUCCAUGCGCAAGAACUUCUUCAAUAAUGAGGAGACGGGCUACUUCAAGACCCAGAAACGUGCUCCAGUUGCACAAAACUCAUCGGCCAUGUUGACGGACAUGGUCAAGGGUAAUUUCAUCAAUGUGCUGCCCAUGGUUGUGAUUGGUGGCUGGAUCAAUUGGAUGUUCUCCGGUUUCGUGACCACCAAAGUGCCAUUCCCCUUGACGUUGCGCUUCAAGCCGAUGUUACAGCGUGGCGUUGAACUUGCCUCAUUGGAUGCCGCCUGGGUAUCGUCGGCAUCUUGGUAUUUCCUUAAUGUCUUUGGCUUGCGCUCCAUUUAUACACUGGUGCUGGGCGAGAAUAAUCAUGCGGAUCAGACACAAGCCCAAGCGGAUGCUAUGACUGGAGCAGCGAUGACCAUGCCACAGGAUCCGAAGGCGGCAUUUAAGGCCGAGUGGGAGGCACUGGAGAUCACCGAGUACAACAAUGCGUUAAAGAAUAUCGAUGCAGAUAUGUUGAGCAUGGCGAAUGAAGCCAUCGCAUCCUAGCCUAGUUAACUGCGUAACUAAGAUUGAACUACUAGCAAAAUUUAAUCGACGUAAUUUAACAGAACAAAAAAAGAAAGCACAUGCACAUUUGUUUUUAGUCAAGCAUUUUUUGCAUUCAAUAAACUUUUAAUGCGAAUUAUCACAUUUUUUGUUACAA